AGAGAAGGAAAGAAGAAGACAAGUAGUGACUCUAUUGACUCCCCAUUUCAUCAGAAACGAGAAGAGAAAGUCAACAGCACUGGAUCAAUUUCAUUGACAAUUUCUGGAGUAAUGCUCUGAUGAUAUAUGAAGAACUUACGCUAUAAACUUUAGUGGAAAAAACAACAAACCCUAGAUCUAUUGUGUUUUGGAAGUAUUGCCAUUUGUCAACACUUCACAAGAAAAAAUGUGUUGAUCCAGCCAGGCAACCACACAAAGAAAAACUUCAUAAAGAGAAGGAAAUACUUUUGGGAUAAUCUUAUAUUUGUUUAAAAACAAUUUAUGAAGUGAAGUGAAGUUCAGACAGUAGAACAGCAGGACCACAUGACCAAAAUGAACAUGUUUUCUUCUGACAACUCUAAUGACUUCACAGAUGGAACUGAAGCAGAACAAAGUUCAGUCCCAGGUAAAGCACUUGGCCAUGGCCUGCUUUGUAAAGUGUGUUCUGAUUCAAGCAGUGGUAAACACUACGGCAUCUAUGCCUGCAACGGCUGCAGUGGGUUCUUCAAGCGCAGUGUAAGACGAAGACUCAUCUACAGGUGUCAGGCUGGAACUGGCAGAUGCCCUGUUGACAAGGCUCAUAGAAACCAGUGUCAAGCUUGUCGACUAAAGAAGUGUCUCCAAGCUGGCAUGAACAAAGAUGCUGUGCAGAAUGAGCGACAGCCUCGAAGCACAGCCCAUGUCAGUCUAGACUCUAUAUGUGUGGACACUAAGAAGGAGCUCCUAGCCACCACACGUGAGCUCACCUCCUCUGCUACCUACUCGUCAGUCAUCUGCAGACCUCUGGUCACUUCCUCUGUCACCACCUCUGCCACCACACAGCCCUGCAGCAACCCCAAUAACAACCACCGCUUUAUGGUCAGCCUGCUGACUGCAGAGACCUGUGCAAAACUGGAGCCUGAGGAAGUGGAGGAGAAUAUUGACGUGACAACCAAUGAUUCAGAGAGAGACCGGACUCCCUCUGACUGUCGCAUGUCCCCAUACACCUCCAGCUGUUCAGAGAGUAUAUAUGAGACAUCGGCACGACUCCUCUUCAUGUCUGUCAAGUGGGCAAAAAAUUUGCCUGUUUUUGCUCACUUGCCAUUUCGAGACCAGGUGAUUCUCCUUGAAGAAGCUUGGAGCGAGAUGUUCCUCUUGUGUGCCAUCCAGUGGUCCCUGCCCAUGGACAGCUGUCCUCUUCUGUCUCUGCCAGAUCUUUCUCCCACACAGCAGGCUAAGAUCAGCCUCCCCACAGCUGACCUGCGCAUCCUGGAGGAGGUCUUUAAUCGCUUCAAGGCCCUGGUGGUUGACCCUACUGAGUUUGCCUGCCUGAAAGCCAUUGUGCUGUUCAAGCCAGAGACACGCAGCCUCAAAGACCCAGAGCAGGUGGAGAAUCUGCAGGAUCAGUCACAGGUGUUGCUAGGUCAGCACAUGCAUUCAGUAUACCCCAGCCAAAGUGCCAGGUUUGGGAGACUGUUACUUCUGCUGCCAUCCCUCCACUUUGUGAGCUCUCAGAAGAUAGAGCAGCUGUUCUUUCACAGGACCAUCGGCAGCACACCAAUGGAAAAACUGCUGUGUGACAUGUUCAAAAACUAAACAAGCAUCUAGGGAAGCCGAAUGAAACCCGCUAACAAAACACAGUAAACCAGCCCUCAAGCAACAUGUUUUAUAAAUGUAUAUUUCAGUUAGGGCAGUCAAAUUAAAUAAGCAUACAGUGAUUCAGUGAUUGCUGCACCAUUUUCUUUUAAAUAUUUUUUAAUAAAGAACCACAGACAGAAUUAUUUUGUGGUGGUACUUAGUUGCCAAGAAAAAAGCAUUUUUGUUACAGUAUAUGAAAAUGAGGAUAUGUGUUUUGAAUGUAAGUAUUUGUCCUAAAUAAAUAUGGAAAAUUUGUAUUUGACAAAUAUGUUGAUCUUGGGUCGUUUAUUCCUUUCUUUCCUUUUCCUUCACCAACCUGAGCUUGUAGAUGAAGCUCUCACGUCUUCCCAACUCACCUGCUGUUAAAACAAUGAGAAAAAACUCUUCCACCUCCACUUUCCCUAGCCUCUCUUGCACCUUGUUUCUUGCUUCAUGCGUUUUCUUCUUGAAAAAGCUUCUUCUUAUAUCGACAGUUAUCUACAGUUAUCCACAGUUUGCUCACACAAAAUUGCACCGAUGUGUCAAGUUGAAUGACACACAGAAGACCAGUUAUUGAUCAGUUAUCAUAUCAUGUUAUUUUUUAAUAUAUACUCAGAGUGACAGAUGAAUAGAGUUAUAAGCUCUAUUUUUUAUUAUUCUUAUUUUAGUAACAUAUAUAUUACAUAUCAAAUAUAUAUAAAUACAAUAUUUAUUUAUUUGUUAGCUCAUGGGCUACUGAUUAAACAUCCGGGGGCCACUGCCAUAAACAACCACUGCUAUAAACAGCACAACUAUGUACAUUUAAGUUGCACAUGAACAGUUUAGUUUUUUGUCAAAGUUGCUCAGAUAUUUGCACACCAUUUUUUUUCACUUGCAUAUUGCAUAUAGUGUAUAUACCUUUCAUUUAUAGUCUUAUAUUUUCUAUUAUAUUUUGUAAUAUUCGUAUUUUGUGAGAUCUUAUUGUACUUCCACUUCUGUACUCUUGCACUACAUUCCCCUAUGCUGCUGUGUCUGACUUCAAUGUGUCCUACGGGGGAUCAAUAAAGGCACAUCUUAUCUUAUCUUAAAGAUAAAGGUUUAUGAACUUCGGGCUGUGUCCCGUAAUGGAAACUGCAGCUGGGCUAUAGCGGCGUUAGGUGGCGGUAAUGAGCACAUUUACUGAUGAAUACGAGUCGACAGUAAACAUCAAGAAGAAGAGCUGGAACAAAACACGGAAAGACGCUACUCUAGUUAGUUAGCACGAUUAGCUAAAGCACCCUGCGUUUUAUUAACCAUAACUACUUUAUUUAUGCUAUGUCAACCAGCCGGAGACUGACAGUUGAUAUGAACUUGCUUUAAAGAAGAAAUAACAGUUCACAAUGUUUAGCAAGUCGUACCAGCUGCUCCCUCAGAGGGACUCCACAA